CUAAAAUCAAAUUAAAAAUCCAAACCCCAUCAAUCUUUUCUACGCUCCACUUGUUCUGUCUGUGGCUCUGACUCUGCCAUGGCUGCCACCAGAGCAAUGGCUGUUGUCAGCCAAACCGCUUCCUGCUUGCUUUUCAACAGACCCUUUUCUCUCUCAAGCAAAUCCCAUAUCGCCAAUUUGUGCUUUACCAAUAAAAGAGUUUUCUUUUCGUCAAAGAGGGUGUUUUCUUGCAGGGCUAUUUACAACCCUCAGGUUCAGAUCAAAGUGGAGGGCCAGCCCGAAACCUUGGAUUACAGAGUCUUUUUCGUUGACAGUUCGGGGAAAAAGAUUUCACCUUGGCAUGACAUACCAUUACAAUUGGGAGAUGGAGUUUUCAACUUUAUUGUUGAAAUUCCCAAAGAAUCAAGUGCAAAGAUGGAGAUUGCUACUGAUGAGCUAUACACUCCCAUUAAGCAGGAUACUAAAAAGGGAAAACUUCGAUAUUAUCCCUACAACAUAAAUUGGAAUUAUGGAUUACUUCCACAAACAUGGGAAGACCCAUCAUUUGCCAACUCUGAAGUUGAACGGGCAUUUGGGGACAAUGAUCCUGUUGAUGUUGUUGAGAUUGGUCAAACUCAAAGGAAGAUUGGUGACAUUCUUAGGGUCAAGCCCUUGGGUGCCUUAGCCAUGAUUGAUGAGGGGGAACUUGACUGGAAAAUAGUCGCAAUUUCAUUGGAUGAUCCAAAAGCUUCAUUCGUAAAUGAUGUUCAUGAUGUUGAGAAGCAUUUCCCAGGAACCCUCACUGCAAUUAGAGACUGGUUUAGGGACUACAAGAUCCCGGAUGGAAAACCCCCGAACAAGUUUGGUCUAGGCAACAAGGCUGCAAACAAGGAUUAUGCCUUGAAAGUGAUCACUGAGACAAAUGAGUCUUGGGCCAAACUUGUAAAGAGGUCCAUUUCUGCUGGAGAGCUUUCCCUUGUAUAACAAUUCCAAAGAGUUGGUGCUGCCCGGCUAUUGGCAAGUUUUCUCUUCCAGAGAUGUUUAUUAUCAUUAGCAAGUGGUUUCUUGGUUUAUUUAGUUUGGAUAAUCUGCUGCUAUUAUGUAGUCUUGUUAUUUAUGUAACAAGUUUACCAUUUUUGGCUUGGAACUUGGAUUCAGAAUGAUAUCGUUUUUGUUUCCCAAGCUGAGCUACAAGAGUGUUAGAAAUUGUCAAAGAUUGGUUGCAGAAACUUCUUUGGAUUGCUUGAUCGUUAAGUUGAUAUUCUCAUCUCUAUAAAAAUUGAAUCAUCUCAUUUCUAUCAAAA